AUGUUGAAUCUAAGAGAGAAUGCAGAGAGGAGGAGAGGAAGAGAGAGGGCAAUAGCUGUGGCUAUAGAUAAGGACAAAAGCAGCCAAUCUGCCCUCAUUUGGGCUGCUGAUAAUCUUGUCACCAGAUACCUUGUUUUGAAACUUGUCCAUGUUAAAGAUAGACAAAAUGCAGUUUCAAAUGAUCAUGAUGCACCGGAGGAACAACAAACCGAUAGUCAAACGAUGGAUUUCUUUCUUCCAUUUCGAUGUUUCUGUAGGCGUCGACGAGUACGAUGCGAAACUGUGCUACUUGAGGAUUCAGAUGUGACAAGAGCACUCAUUGGAUAUGUUUACCGAUACGGAGUUGACACUUUGUUGCUUGGUGGAGGAUCAAGAAAUGGCCUUUCCAGACUAUUUAAGACUGUUGAUAUUCCUGGCACUGUGUUGAAAAGGGCACCAAAUUUCUGCACUGUAUAUGUAGUUUCCAAAGGGAAGGUCAGUGGUUUGCGAAACGCAACUCGUCCAGUCCCAGCUAGAUCUGCAGCUGGAGGGGCACUGCUCGUGCAGCGUAACUCUAGUGUUGAUCUACCUCCAGCCAUAGCGGAAAGCUGGUAUGAUGAGCUUUCACCGGAUCACCCUGAUAGCCCAACUGAAAGUUCCGAAAGGCCUAGCACUGAUACCACAUUCUUUGCUUUCUAUGAAAAUCUGGGGAAUUAUGAACUAACUGAGAACUUGCAAAAGGACUUGUAUAUGGAUGAAAGAGACUUCGAAUCAACACAUUCAGGGUCCAGUUCCCCAGUUGAGCUUAGGGGUAUUCCUGAAUUUAAAAUUUUCGACAAUCAUGCAGAACCAUGGUUGGAACUGAAUGAGGAAGGCCAUGAAGAUGAGUUUAGAAGGCUAAAAAAAGAGCUCAAGCAAACAAUAGAUAUGUAUCAUGCAGCCUUAAAAGAAGCGCUUGCUGCAAAACAAAAGGUCAUCAAAUCUUCUCCAAAUUGCAAGGUAAUGGAACUUGAACAUUGGAAAAUAAUAGAGGAGAAAAGAAUACUGGAGGCGCAUCUAAUCGAGGAAACUGCAUUGAAGAUGGUGGAGUGGGAGAAAGCAAAGAGUAGGGCUGCAAAUGAAGCAGCAGAAGCAGCUCAGAUACGUGUUGAGAUAGAGGUACAAAAGAGAAUCAAAGCUGAAAAGAAAGUUCUCAAAGAGACUGAGGAAAAGAAGAAAGUUUUAGAUGCUUUAGGACAAUCCCACAUAGUUGUCAAACAACAGAGCUUGUUCCACAUGAUAGUUGUUGUACUUCUGUUUUACUUUUACUUCUCUGUAUUUAAAUGA